AUGGCGCACAUCAAGACAAAAAUCUUAGUCCUCUCAGACACACACGGAGAACGAUUUCCGCCUGGACGCCAACCACCGACGGGUGUUGAUGUGGUUAUCCACUGCGGCGACCUGACCGAAGAGUCGAAGGUGGCCGAGUUCCGUGCGACGCUCGGCCUCCUCAAAGACCUCGGCGCACCGCUCACUCUGGUAAUCGCCGGUAACCACGACUUUACUCUAGAUCUACCCGCCUUCCACCGCAAGGUGUCUGAGGCCGGGCUGACGACGGAACCCGAGCUCGUGGCUCGCGAAUAUGGCCGCGACGGCGAGGCGCGCCAGCUCUUUGAAGGCGCGCGUGUGUCACACAACAUCCACUUACUCGAUGAGGGCACACACCACUUUACACUCGCCAACGGCGCCUCGCUGACGGUAUAUGCCAGCCCCUACACAUGCUCACUCGACGCCGAUUGGGGCUUCCAGUACCGUCCCGAGGACGCACACGAUUUUGCCAUUGCCGCCGGCACCGACAUUGUUCUGACGCACAGCCCGCCCGAGGGCGUGCUGGACCGCAUGGCAUCGCAGAAACGAGGUGGCCUGCCCGAGCUCUUCCGAGCCGUGGCACGCGCCCGACCGCUGCUGCACUGCUUCGGGCACGUGCAUGCCGGCUGGGGCGCCAAGCUUGUGGCCUGGCGGGAGGCAGAAGCGACGAAUGCCAGUACAGCAUCCCAUUUUACGGCGAUCGACCACGGCCGAUCCACCAUGCUCGAUACGCUGCAGAGUGUCCGGCGCGGCAGGCUGGACGACGAUGCGACGGCCGCGACCAAAUCCCGGCGCCUGGCUGCAUUUGCAGAGCAAGGAUGCCGACCGACAAGCCAUGUGGCUGGCGGCGAUCUCGCUGUCGACGCAGCAUCGCGGACGCAUACCCUGUUUGUCAACGCUUCUAUCAAGGGCGAUGAAGAAGAGCCCUUCUACCUACCGUGGCUGAUCGACCUCGAUUUGCCCGGCAUCAUACUGCCGUAA